CGCGCCUGAAGGACCCCGCGCGGGCCGCGGGGCUGGCCAGCUCGGCGCCUGCUGGCCACGUGACGUGCCCGGAGGGGGAGGUGGAUCGGACCGAACUCCGACGGGACUGGGGCUCCGAACCCGGAGUCUGGUGCCCUGAGGCCCCGGGAGCAGGCGCGGAAGCGAGAUGGCCUCCGCCUGGCGAAGCCCUCAGGCUCUGCAGCUCACCCUGGCCCUCGUCAAGCCCGACGCCGUAGCCCACCCACUGAUUCUGGAGGCCGUCCACCAGCAGAUCCUGAGCAGCCAGCUCCUCAUCGUGCGGCGGAGAGAGCUGGUGUGGAGGAGGGAAGACUGCCGCCGCUUCUACCAGGAGCACGAAGGGCGCUUCUUCUACCAGCGGCUGGUGGAGUUCAUGGCCAGCGGGCCCAUCCGGGCCUACAUCCUCGCCCACCCGGACGCCAUCCAGCGCUGGAGGACGCUGAUGGGGCCCACCAGGGUGUUCCGGGCGCGCCACGUGGCCCCCGACUCCAUCCGGGGCAGUUUGGGCCUCACCGACACCCGCAACACCACCCACGGCUCCGACUCCGUGGCCUCGGCCAGCAGGGAGAUCGCGGCCUUCUUCCCGGACUUCAGUGAGCAGCGCUGGUACGAGGAGGAGGAGCCGCGGUGGCGCUGGGGUCCCGUGCGCUACAGCCCGGAGGGCGGCGUCCACUGCGCAGCGGGCACGGGCGGCCCGGCCCGGCCUGACCCCGGCCCGGCCGUCUGAGGGCUGGAUGGGGGCCGGGCGCAGCGGGCACGGGCGGCCCGGCGGUCUGAGGGCUGGAUGGGGGCCGGGCGCAGCGGGCACGGGCGGCCCGGCGGUCUGAGGGCUGGAUGGGGGCCGGGCGCAGCGGGCACGGGCGGCCCGGCGGUCUGAGGGCUGGAUGGGGGCCGGGCUGGGGUCCCGUCCACUGCGCAGCGGGCACAGGCGGCCCGGCGGUCUGAGGGCUGGAUGGGGGCCGGGCUGGGGUCCCGUCCACUGCGCAGCGGGCACAGGCGGCCCGGCGGUCUGAGGGCUGGAUGGGGGCCGGGGCUCAUGGCGCCGAGGCCGCUGGGCACCACCCGCCUGCCGCCUGGCUCCGCGCUGCCUGCCUCGGCCUGGCGCUCUGCUCCGCGCUGGGCUGGUCGGGGGCCCGGGAACGGAGCGGGGCUGCUCCUCCUCCUCCUCAGACUGCUCACCCUUCUCGGGGCGGGGGAGCCCCCCGCCUGCCGGGUGACUGUACCCAGGCUCGGCCUCUGUCUCCCUGCGAGGCGACUGCUCGGGUGCUGGUCCCUAUGGAGUCACUGAGCCCCCGGAGGCCCCCCCCUGCUCCGGGCAGGGGAGCCCUGCAGACCUCUCCCGGGUCCACACGGUGCAGCCCACGUGCGGGAGCACCGGGACGGAGCGAGUGUGGGCUCCGAUCCCGCUGGACGCCGGCCCAGACCUGCUUCCUGGGCGGGGGAGGGGGGCCUUUAUGUGAACAGAGGCCGUGUAGUUGCUUAAGAGAGGAGUAAUCACGCCCUGGCCGGUGUGGCUCAGUGGACAGAGCGCCGGCCUGCAGUCUGAAGGGUCCCGGGUUCAGAUCCGGUCAGGGGCACCUAAGGGGAGCACGCAGGAGCAGCCGAUCCAUGAUUCUCUCAUCAUCAGUGUUUCUGUCCUCUCCCUUCCUCUCUGAAAUCAAUAAAAAUAUA